GAGAGAGAGAGAGAGGGAGAGAGAUUGUGACAAACCCAAUUAGAGGUACAAAGAGAAACUCUCUCCUUCUUUCCAUUUGUCUCUCUUUCUCCCUCACUGAACUCGCCCUCAGACGUUAUGUACAUAGAGCCAAACGGUGAUGUCACAAUAAAUCUCACUCAGUGUCCGGGCAUGCUAUCACACACCAACACUGUGUGUGUGUGUGUGUGUGUGUGUGUGUUUGUUUGUUUGUUUUGUAUGUCUGUGUGGGUGGUGUGUUAGCAGAACAUACACUUAGCAGGACAUAUUGAACUGACUCAUUAUGAUGGUUUGUGUGUGUGUGUGUGUGUGUGUGUGUUUGUGCGUGCCUGUGGCAGUGAUAGUGAGAAACAGACAUGAGUCCUUAUGAGCUGUUCGUCUGACUCAGUGGAUUUAGUUUGACCUCUGACCUUCGAGUGUUGAUAUUUUCCUAAUUUUUCUUCACUUAAUUUAAUUAGCGUCAGACUCGGAGCUGUCAUGCAGACGUCUGUGUAAACCAAGAAACCUCUUCGGUCCUGUAAUCCUCAGUGAGGACGAUGUUUUGAUUUGAUAUUAUCAGUGUGCACACAUUUGAAUGAACCGAUUCACUGUGCUCUCCGUGCCCUGCCAUGUAUGUGACUGUAUGCAGGAUUUAGGUUGUCAUAAUUUCAUGUGUCUUCAUUAUUCUAAGAACACGUUUAUUUAAAUUCUCUUACCAUGUAAUAGAUUAUCCAAACUCUCAAUAGACUUAAAAUCGGAUUAGAUUUCUGCUGCAUAUAUUUGCAUAUUAAUUAGGUCACCCUAUUUGAAGUUGUGAACGUCCUUGUAAAGUUUAUAAAACUGUUCCUUCAAGCAUUUUUUGAAGAUGCACAAAAAAUAUAAUUAAAGCGCAAAUCUGCUCUUUGGCUUUCGCUGUACUUACAAAUAAGGUUUGUCAAAAUGUUUUUGAAACUUAGAUUCUUUUCCUGUACCUUUUGUGUUUUAAAAUGAUGCAAUUUCAGUUCAUUUAAAGAUCAAUUGUAUCAAAAAGUACCAAUAAAAAACUUCAGAUCUUCAGUCAUAUCUUUAAUGAAAAGAUGCUUUUAAGAAAGACACAAGUUUCUAAAAAUUUUGGCAACAUUUCCUUUUUGUUAGACACAUCUGAGAGUAAGUAAAACAGAAGCAGGGAUCUAGAAAGCAGGAAAAUUACCUUAGAAAUAUGAGUAUUUGUAAUUAUUGAAGGGUGGCUGUGGCUCAGUGGUUAGAGUCUGUGGGACCCCCAGCUCCUGCAGACAAGUAUCCUUGGGGAAGACACUGAACCCCAAAUUGCUCCCCUGCAUGGCCGACGGUGUGUGAAUGGAAAAGUACUGUUAGGAAGUCGGGCACUUCACAAAUCAUCUUCUGCCAUCAGAGUGUGAAUGUGGUGUGAAUGAGUGAAUGUGCCAUGCGGUGUGAAAGCCCUCUGAGCGGUCAGAAAACCAGGAAGUGAAUUUACAAUUUAGCAUUAAAUUACUGGAUUGAAUGAUGAUGUCGCUUUUUGGAGACUCAUGAGGGAGAUGCCCAGUGUUGUUAACAUGUCUCUUCACAUCGAAACACUGAUCAUGUGAAGCUGCAUUUCAUAAAUGUUUAAGAAUAUGAACUCUGUAGAUGGCUAUCUUGAGAAAUGUUUGUUCCUUGACUAUAACCUCCUCACUCCAUUUGAGUGGAUGAUUCUAGCGACCAUCAUUGCCAACUGCAUCGUUCUGGCUCUGGAACAACAUUUGCCUGAUGGGGACAAGACGCCGCUGUCCGAGCGCCUGGAUGAUACGGAGCCGUACUUCAUAGGAAUCUUCUGUUUUGAGUCCGGAAUAAAGAUCCUGGCGCUUGGUUUUGCCUUCCACAAAAACUCGUACCUGAGGAACGGGUGGAACGUCAUGGACUUUGUGGUGGUGUGUACAGGGAUCCUGUCCACUGUGGGCUCAGAUUUUGAUCUGCGGACCCUCAGGGCUGUGCGAGUGUUGAGGCCCCUCAAACUGGUGUCCGGUAUUCCCAGCUUACAGGUGGUGCUCAAAUCCAUCAUGAAGGCCAUGAUCCCGCUGCUGCAGAUCGGCCUGCUUCUUUUCUUCGCCAUCCUCAUGUUUGCCAUCAUCGGCCUGGAGUUCUACAUGGGCAAAUUCCACACGACGUGCUUUGACAAUCACACAGGUGAGAUCAGAGAAGAGUUCCCAUGUGGGACGGAGGCCCCGGCUCGGCUGUGUCCGGUGGGCACCACGUGUCGACAGUACUGGCUGGGGCCAAACUACGGCAUCACACAGUUCGACAACAUCCUGUUUGCUAUCCUCACCGUCUUCCAGUGUAUCACCAUGGAGGGCUGGACCGAACUGCUCUACUGGAGCAACGAUGCCUCAGGGAGUGCAUGGAACUGGAUGUACUUCAUCCCCCUCAUCAUCAUCGGCUCCUUCUUCAUGCUCAACCUGGUGCUGGGUGUGUUGUCUGGGGAGUUUGCCAAAGAGAGAGAGCGUGUGGAGAACAGGAGCGAGUUCAUGAAGCUCAGGCGACAGCAGCAGAUCGAGAGGGAACUGAACGGAUAUCUGGAGUGGAUCUGCAAAGCUGAGGAGGUCAUUUUGGCGGAUGAUGACAAUGAGAACGAUUACGACGGCUCCCGCAGGAGAGCCACGAAGAACCACAAGAGCAAAGCAGAGCUUCUGAACCCCGAGGAAGGAGAGGGAGACCUGGCAGUCGGCUCGCCGUUCGCUCGUGCCAGCCUGAAGAGCUCCAAGCUGGAAGGAUCGACCUUCAAGCGGCGGGAGCGCCGGCUCCGCUUCUUAAUCCGGCACGUGGUGAAGUCCCAGGCCUUCUACUGGACUGUGCUGUGCUUGGUGGGACUCAACACGAUGUGUGUGGCGUCGGUGCACUACGACCAGCCGGAUCCACUUUCAGAUUUUCUAUAUUUUGCUGAGUUCAUCUUCCUGGGGAUAUUCUUGACGGAGAUGAUGGUGAAGAUGUACGGCCUGGGCAAGCAGGCCUACCUCAACUCCUCCUUCAACUGCUUCGACUGCAUUGUGAUAUGUGGGAGUAUAUUUGAGGUGCUGUGGUCCAUCAUCCAGCCGGGCACAUCGUUUGGCAUCAGUGUGCUCAGAGCUCUCAGGUUAUUGAGGAUCUUCAAAGUGACAAAGUACUGGGCAUCUUUGCGUAACCUCGUCGUCUCUCUGCUCAACUCCAUGAAGUCCAUCAUCAGCUUGCUCUUCCUGCUCUUCCUCUUCAUCGUCGUCUUUGCCCUGUUGGGCAUGCAGCUCUUCGGAGGACAGUUUAAUUUUGAAAAAGGCACUCCUCCGACCAACUUUGAUACCUUCCCGGCAGCAAUAAUGACAGUGUUCCAGAUCCUGACGGGUGAGGACUGGAACAUGGUGAUGUACGACGGCAUCAAAUCUCAGGGCGGAGUCAACAAGGGCAUGGCCUUCUCUGUCUUCUUCAUCGUACUCACACUCUUCGGCAACUACACUCUGCUGAAUGUGUUCUUGGCCAUCGCUGUGGACAAUUUGGCUAAUGCACAGGAGCUGACCAAGGACGAACAGGAGGAAGAGGAGGCUGCCAGUCAGAAGAUUGCCCUGCAGAAGGCCAAGGAGGUGGCCGAAGUCAGCCCGCUGUCCGCUGCAAACCUCUCCAUUGCAGCCAACAAAGUACACAGUGAGUGUCACAACGCUACCGACCCCUUUCUGGACUGUAAGGAGCAGCAGAAGAACAACAAUAAGGGGAUCAAUAAGUCCGUGUGGGAGCAACGCACCAAGGAGCUGAGGAGGCAGACUCUGGUGUCGAGCCGCGAGGCGCUGUACAAUGAGCUGGACACCGACGACCGCUGGAAGGCAAGACUAGGGAGGGAGGAGCAAAACAAUGUGAACUUUGCACGUCAAGUCCGUCCGGACAUGAAGACCCACCUUGAUCGACCAUUGGUCGUCGACCCACAUGAGAACCGCAACAACAACACUAACAAGACGACAGCGAACAGUUCUGACCUCUACAGCCAGCAGCAUCCCGCCGACGAGCUCCAGAGACAAACGCGCCUCCAGGAACACGGCGGCCAAGUAGUCGGGGGCGGCGGAGGAGGCUCGUGUCCAGCCAGGCCUCCGAUGGAGCGCGGGGAGUCCACAGAGAGCAGGCGGAGCCGCAAAGGAGAGCACCACCAUCACUCCUCUCAUGUCCGGCUGGACGCUACGGUGAUCCCCGGGCCGGGAUCGGAGGAGAGGCCAGCCAGGCGCCAUCACCACACCCGGAGCGGCAACAGAGGAGGAGGAGGGCAGUCGGAACACAGGAAGCCCAGGUCACAUCGAAAAAGUGCAGAGGAAGGCGAGGAGGGCGCAGGAGGAGCCGCGAGAACGGGGAGGCAUAAGAGCCGAGGGGUGGAUGGAGGGGGAGAAGGAGGAGAGCAGGAGGCAGCUGGAGACGGCGGCGAGAGGAGGACAAGAAGAAGCCGCCAUGGCAACCAAACAGAGGGCGAGGGGAAGAGGAUGUGCUCACACAGGAGGAAGGACUGCAGUGUUCCUAACCUCUCAACCACUCGGCCCAUCCAAAAGAGCCUCACCCGGCAGGACAGCCAGUACAGCGAGGACAUGGACAACCUCAUGAACACCAAGCUGGUCUCCGGCUCCACCCCGCCCGGUGAAGGUUACCCUCCUGUCCCCAACCACACCGCGGCCCCUGCAGGCUUCGGGUCGGCCCUCCACCUCGCUAACAGCGCCACUCACGGCAGCUUGGUCACCUUAGACAGCUACGGCAGCAUCGCACAUCACCGUGCCAACAGCGUCAUCAGGCUGCCCCACCCAGACUACACCGCUGUAGACAUGCCAAUAUUUCCAUCUACAAAUGCCAAACUGCAGGUUAAUAAGAACGCCAACACGGAGCCUCUGCCAGCGAAGGAGGAUAAGGACGACGAUGACGAUGAGAAGGGAGGAGAAGGAGGACCCAGGCCCAUGCCUCCCUUCAGCUCCAUGUUCAUCCUGUCCACCACCAACCCGUUUCGGCGGGCGUGUCACUACAUCUGCACCCUGCGUUACUUUGAGAUGUGCAUCCUGCUGGUCAUUGCUAUGAGCAGCAUCGCCCUGGCUGCUGAGGACCCCGUGUGGCCUGAAUCCCCUCGCAACAAUGUCCUGCGUUAUUUCGACUACGUGUUCACGGGAGUGUUCACAUUUGAGAUGCUCAUUAAGAUGGUGGAUCUGGGGUUGGUCUUGCACCAGGGCUCUUAUUUCCGGGACUUGUGGAACAUCCUUGACUUUAUAGUGGUUAGUGGUGCUCUGGUGGCCUUCGCCUUCACGGGGAGCAGUAAAGGAAAAGACAUCAGCACAAUCAAGUCUCUGCGAGUACUGAGAGUGUUACGGCCUCUGAAGACCAUCAAACGUCUUCCAAAACUCAAGGCUGUGUUUGACUGCGUGGUGAAUUCUCUGAAGAAUGUGCUCAACAUCCUGAUCGUCUACUUACUCUUCAUGUUCAUCUUUGCCGUGGUGGCCGUGCAGCUGUUCAAGGGCCGCUUCUUUUACUGCACUGAUGAGUCCAAAGAGUUUGAGCGCGAUUGCAGGGGCGAGUAUCUGGAAUACGAGCGUGAUAACGAAGUGAAGGCGCUGAAGCGGGAGUGGAAGAAGUACGAUUUCCACUACGACAACGUGGCUUGGGCCCUCCUCACCCUCUUCACCGUGUCUACCGGAGAGGGGUGGCCGCAGGUGCUGAAGCAUUCGGUGGAUGCGACCUAUGAGAACCAGGGCCCGAGCCCGGGGUACCGGAUGGAGAUGUCCAUCUUUUACGUGGUGUACUUCGUGGUCUUCCCCUUCUUCUUCGUCAACAUAUUCGUGGCUCUCAUCAUCAUCACCUUCCAGGAGCAAGGGGACAAGAUGAUGGAGGAGUACAGUUUGGAGAAGAACGAGAGAGCCUGUAUAGACUUCGCCAUCAACGCCCGGCCUCUGACGCGCCACAUGCCUCAGAACAAGCUGAGCUUCCAGUACAAGAUGUGGGAGUUUGUGGUGUCGCCGCCAUUUGAGUAUACUAUCAUGGCGAUGAUCGCGCUCAACACCGUCGUACUGAUGAUGAAGUAUGACGGAGCUUCUGAUACCUAUGAAGCUGUGUUAGCCAACCUGAACAUAGUGUUUACGUCCCUCUUCUCCAUGGAGUGUGUACUCAAGAUCAUCGCCUUUGGAGCUCUGAAUUAUUUUAAAGAUGCCUGGAACAUAUUCGACUGUGUGACAGUUCUGGGCAGCAUCACUGACAUCCUGGUCACAGAGCUCGGGAAUAAUUUCAUCAACCUAAGUUUCCUGAGGCUGUUCAGGGCGGCUCGUCUCAUCAAGCUGCUGAGGCAGGGAGAAACCAUCCGCAUCUUGCUCUGGACCUUUGUUCAGUCCUUCAAGGCGCUGCCUUAUGUCUGCCUCCUCAUCGCCAUGCUGUUCUUCAUCUACGCCAUCAUUGGGAUGCAGCUGUUUGGGAAUAUUCAACUGGAAAAGGAGGAAGACAGUGCCAUCAACCAGCACAACAACUUCAGGACCUUCGUACAAGCUCUCAUGCUGCUCUUCAGGAGUGCAACAGGGGAGGCGUGGCAUGAAAUCAUGCUGGCGUGUCUGGGGGGUAAGAACUGUGACGAGCUGUCAGGGAACACAGAUCCAGAGUGUGGCAGCCAGUUCGCCUACCUCUACUUUGUCUCCUUCAUCUUCUUCUGUUCCUUCCUGAUGCUGAAUCUGUUUGUUGCCGUCAUCAUGGACAACUUUGAGUACCUGACUAGGGAUUCAUCCAUUCUGGGACCUCACCACCUGGAUGAGUAUGUCAGGAUAUGGGCCGAGUAUGAUCCCGCUGCCUGCGGGCGAAUUCAUUAUAAGGACAUGUACAGUUUAUUGCGAGUUAUCGACCCGCCUCUCGGCUUAGGCAAGAAAUGCCCUCAUAGGGUGGCCUGCAAGAGACUCCUCCGCAUGGAUCUUCCCGUUGCCGACGACAACACGGUCCACUUCAACUCCACGCUCAUGGCCCUGAUCCGCACGGCCCUGGACAUCAAGAUCGCCAAGGGUGCGGAAGGUGGCGUCGACAAGCACCAGAUGGACGCGGAGCUGAGGAAGGAGAUGAUGGCGAUUUGGCCCAAUCUGUCCCAGAAGACUCUGGAUUUGCUGGUUACGCCGCACAAGUCAGCGACAGACCUGACGGUUGGGAAAAUCUACGCUGCCAUGAUGAUCAUGGAGUACUACCGGCAGAGCAAAAUCAAGCGCUCACAGGCACUUCGGGAUGAUCAGAAUCGAACGCCAUUACUGUUUCAGCGCGUGGAGCCACCUUCCCCGACCCAGGACGGGGGUCCGGGACUUAACAACGCUCUGCCUCCGCCUAACACAACAGAGACGGCCAACAGCCUGCCGGUGGGAGGCGGGAUCCCGGAGAGCCAAUCAUGGGUGACGGCUCGUGCUCAGGAGAUGUCCCAGAAGGUGGGCAGCUGGAGUCCUGAGGGACACCCUGAGGACGGCCUGGGAAGCAUGAGCAACUCUCAGACGGUAGAGAUGAGAGAGAUGGGGCAGGAUGGUUACUCGGAUACUGAGCACUUUCCACCAAUGGAAGGCCAUGGCAGGGCCGCUUCCAUGCCCCGCCUCCCGGGCGACAACCAACAGCGGAGGAAGGGGAAACAACGUGGCAGUAACCUCAGUACCAUCAGCGACAGCAGUCCCAUGAAGCGCUCGGCAUCGUCUCUGGGCCACAGCAGGUCCGGGCGAGGACACCGGGACAAAGGAGGACCGGACGACUACACGAUGGAGCGUGUGCCCGAGGAGGGGAGGAGCUCCAGACACGGACACCGGCGAAAAGAGCGGAGUCAUCGGGCGUCUGAAAGGUCCCUCUGUCGAUACACGGAGGCUGACACAGGCCUCGGCACAGACCUGAGCACGACCACGCAGUCAGGCGACCUCAAAGACAAGGACCGGGACAGGGAUCGCGGCCGGUCCAAAGACCGCAAGCACCACCAUCAUCACCACCACCACCACGGCUCCGUGGACAAAGAGCGCUAUGUAGCAGAGCGGGGUGGCGAGUACGGACACAGGCACUCCCGCGAGAGAGAGCAAGACCGGGAGAGGGAGAGAGAGAGGGACCGGCGCUGGUCUCGAUCGCCCAGCGAGGGACGCGAGUGCCUGACACACAGACAGGGCAGUAGUUCGGUCAGCGGGAGUCCCGUCCCCUCGACCUCGGGGACCAGUACGCCACGUCGAGGUCGAAGACAGUUGCCUCAGACCCCCGCGACCCCCCGGCCUCAUGUGACCUACUCCCCUGUUGUACGUAAGGCAAUGCCCGCGCCGCCCGGGGGACCACAGGGUCGACCCCCGGCCCCCGCCCCACGCCAUUUUUCUCCUGAGCCGCCACAAGGCCAGGGCCCUCCCCCUACUGGCCCCCCGAUGGCUCAUCAUGGCGGACCCCGACAGGGUCAUCACCCCCCCGCUCGCUGGGGAGACACAGGUGGAGGAGGCGGCGGCUCCAUGGAAGGGGACGCCUGCUUUUACAACCAGGACUAUGAGCCCCACCAUGAACCCCCUGCCUACGAGCAGAGCCCCAUGCAGGGUGGCAACCCCCACCCACAUGCUCUGGCCAAUCACCCGCUGCCUCCUCCUCCACAACCACACAACCCCCAUCCCCUCCCUCCCCCCCAGUCCCAUCCUGUGAACAACCCUCAUCCUCAUCCUCACCCGCCGCCCCACCAACAGCCCAAUCGCACCUCACCGAGGACUGUCCACCACGCCCCCCCGCCCACGACCGCCCUGACCGGGCCUGGGCAGGGACAGAUGCAGCAGGCCGCCCAGCGCCGCCUCCCCAACGGCUACCGCUCUUCAUCGCCUUCCACACACCUCCACGGACCGCCACACACCGGACCUCACAAGGUCCCCCCUCCAGCCGGGCAUCCGAGGGGUCCCCGCAAGGGCCUGCAUGAACCCUACGGCGACACGGAGGCUGACGACUGGUGCUAGCCUCUGGGGACGGGGGAGGGGCUUAAAUUAGAAAAAAAGAUUUGAUCGACGGACGGACGCAACGAAGAAAAUAGGAAGCUCUGAGCCAGAGCCCUGACUGCCAAGGGGACACCAUGAAUAUUCGUUCUUGUCCGUUCAAUUUCUUUCCCUCUCUUCCUCUGGGUGGCACGUCCCAGAACGUCAGGCGUUAUGACGGACGCGUGUCAGGAUGAAGGGAUGAAAUAAAAAAUGCUGAGGCAGCAUCUGGAGACAAAAAUGUGUAAGGUGUAAGGACAAAUCACCUCCACGAUCUGCGUGCAGCGUCGACGCGUUCAUCUCUGAUGCCAAAUAAGACUUAACCUCAAACUGCAGUUUUUAAGGAUGCAAGCAGGAGAGAGCUGAUGGACGAGAGUCUUUGUGUGUCUUAAAUUUAUGCCUCUGGCAAAGAGCUACAGCCACUUACAAGAUGUCAAGAGUCGCGACUCGACAAGAGACACUUAACAGUCUGAAACGAAAGAACAACCGCUGUUUGUUUGUUUUUUUUGCCUCUUGAAGCUGACUUCAUUUAAGUUAGCUUCAAAAAAAGAAUCAAAUCCAACCCUCCCAGCCACCAGUUGAAUAUUGAUGAGUUUUAUCAUCUGUGUUUUUAAAUAAAAAAACUAUCAAUCAGCCCUCCACCUGUAUGAGGUGAGACGGCUCAGUGGAUGGGAGAGUUGGGAAGUGUUCGACGGGGUGACAGGUCCCCCUCGGUUUAAAAUCCCGAGGACCGGAUUGGUGUGUCGGGGGGGGGGGGGGG